AUGGAUGUUCCCAUGUGCAGGAAUGCAAGGAAUGGAACUUACAACACUCCAGUGACUAUGGAAAGAGAGGCGGAGAUCAAUGAAAAUGGCCUAAGGCACUUCGUUCCACUGGUUGCCAUUAACUGUUCUCAUAUCACACUUCUUUUUGUUUGUUUAAUGCAUAUGCCAUUUUGUUCAACUCACAUCGAACUUCCACCACUUCUGCCAUGCCGUUCUGUUUGCAAAGAUGUUUAUUUCAACUGCAUCAAGUACUACACCGCUCUCAAUCUUUUCUGGCCACAGCACUUGAACUGCACCAUCUUUCCACAUCAUUCGACAGUUUGUAUCAAGCCACCUUCAUCUUCUGCACCAUCAACAGUAGCCUCACCGACUGAACCAUGA